ACACGUCAGCUGAACACACAGUUCUGUACCACACUGGAGGACCUACAGAAGAACUGGCAGUGUGUCCUCUGAGGUGUGACUAUAACCCCUAUACAGGAGAAUACAUGGUAUACACCACUGGGGAACACAUCGAAGAUCUUGAGAGGAGGGAUUUAAAGAAAAGGAGUCCUAAAGGAGUGAUCAGUGAUUGCCAUGUGGCUGAAUUCCCUGGCACAGCCAAACCCUACAGGAACUACCCCACCAUCCCGGAUCUGAGAACAGGAGGGUGACACACACCCCACACGGAGCCUGGAGCCAAUUGCCAUGGCGAUGAUGGCCCUGUUCAGGGGCAAGUGGGGUCAAAAGUUGCAGGAGCCCCCUGAGAAGCGGCCCGCAGCACCAGUGCACUCCAGCAACCACGAGGAGGAUGAUGAUGAGGAUGACAGGGUCAUCGGCCCCAUCCGCAGGAACUCCCGCUUCUACAGUUCCAUGAGGAAGAAGAGGCUGGCCUCGUCAGAACAACCUGAACUCUCUCUGAGGCCUGGCCAAGAGCCCAGCCCAGCCAGCAGGUCAGGCAGCAGCUCCCUCAGUGUCCCUGAUCUCCAGAAACCUACCCUAUCUCCCCGGGCACGACGUACGCCAACAUCUCCACGUCCACUCCAUUCUGGAACUGCGUUGCCAAGCAACGGGGAGCCCAGGAGCCCACACACACUUUCUAGCAUGGCCUCUUCCCCUCUUAAGACGAGUGGAGGAGGAGGAGGAGGAGGGAGGAAGGGUGCAGAUGCUUCUCCAGCUAGCGGUCAGUGUGGAGGGGGCUCCACUUCCUCCUCCUCCGUUCCUAGCGCUCCGUUGUACCGGACGCAUGGCAUGCACAUACACACUGAAGACAUGGAGAGCCUCUCAGAACGCACCGCCGCCUGCUCCAUACGGGAACCCGGAGGGGGAACACAGUCACCGCAACCAGCGGAGGAGGAAGUCGACAUAGAGGGAGUCAAACUCAGGUUGGUGAGCAACGGGGAAAGAAAGGGCUCAACACCAUUGAAAGUAGAAUCCAUCUGCAACAGUCUCAACAUUGUCAAGAACAUUGCCUUCCUCUACCAGGAGUACCGGGACACAUCCAAGCAGCAGGAGAUCGAGCAGCGACGGCAGCAGGAUGGGUUGACCUUGGGGGUCAGCACGGGGUUAGGGGUGACAUCCCCACCGGCCCUGCAGCUGCAGCUGAGGAACAACUCUCGCUCUCUGAGUCUGUGGCAGAACCUGGAGGUCGUGCAGCAGAGUGGCCUGCUCACCCAGCUAUCGCAGAGAGAGGUCAUCAUACAAGAGGCCAUGUUUGAGCUGGUGACCUCAGAGGCAUCCUACUACAAGAGUCUGGAGGUGCUGGAGACCCACUUCCUGAAGAACCCUGUGCUGGUCAACACACUCAGCCAAUCAGACAUGCACUUCCUGUUCUCCAACAUCAAGGAGGUGAUGAAGGCCAGCGAGAGGUUCCUGAUGGACCUGGAGAACCGUAUCGAACAGUCCCUCCAGAUCUCAGAGGUGUGUGACAUCGUCCACCACCACGCCGUCAAGCACUUUCACGUCUUUAUCACCUAUGUCAUCAACCAGGUGUACCAGGAGAAGAACUACCGACGCAUUCUCCAGGGAAACCAGUCGUUCCGCGAGGCCAUGGCUCAGCUGGAGAACCAGCCGCGUGUCCGAGGCCUCUCCUUCACCUCCUUCCUCAUCCUCCCCUUCCAGAGGAUCACAAGACUCAAAAUGUUGGUCCAGAACAUUCUGAAGAAGGCAGAGGAGAAUUCUGAGAGGGAGGCCAAUGCCAUCAAGGCUCACCAGCAGCUGGAGCAGAUUGUGAAGGAGUGCAACGAGGGUGUGAGGAAGAUGAGUCGUACAGAGGAACUCAUCAGCAUUGAGAAAACACUGGAGUUCAAGUCUAAGUCGGUGCCGGUGAUCUCCCACUCCCGCUGGCUGCUGAAGAAGGGUGAGGUGCAGCAGAUGGCCGGGCCCAAGAGCACUAGGACCAUGCGGAGCAAGAAGCUCCACCACCCUGUCUACCUGUUCCUCUUUAACAACCUGCUGCUCAUCACCAAGCGCAGCUCCAGUGGUGAGAAGUUCCAGGUGCUGGACUCGUGCACGCGGGCCAUGCUGAGGACUGAGGACCUGGAAGACCAUGGUCAGAUGCUGGCCAACGUGUUCAACCUGAAACUCCUGGAGAACCAGGAGGAGAGGCCUGUCAACUACAUGCUCAAGACCUCCAGCAUGAGUGAUAAGCUGCGCUGGAUCUGUGCUCUCACGCCAAACCGCCGCCCGCGAUUCAUGUCUACAAUCGCCCACCGACCAGCCUUUCCCCAGGUCCAGUGUAUUCAGUCAUACUCGUCUCAGGAGCCAGAUGAGCUGUCUAUUGAGAUGGCUGACGUGCUGAACAUCCUGGAGACGACAGACGAUGGCUGGAUGAUGGGUGAGAUGCUCCAUGAUGGAGAGAGGGGCUGGUUCCCCUGUCGGGUGGUAGAAGAGAUCCAAAACCAGGAAGUGCGGGCCCAGAACCUCAGGGAGUCAGAGGAUCCACCUGGCCCAGGGAGGGGGCGCUUCCUCAGGGGCCAGGCUGGGCUCCAGGGGGGGCAGACGCAACCCCAAAACACCCAAAGUCUCACAUUUCUUCAGUACCUGGACUGACCAGUCAGAGGAGGAGCAGUGAAGCACAUGAUAUUCCACCCUGAAAGUGGUUGGUUGGAACCCCCUGGCAGCAAUCUUUACUGGACCACAUGGAUCAAAUGACAGAGAUCAUGGGAUUUGAGCAUGGGAUUGCAAUGGAGGAAAGUGACAUCAUGCAAUGACAUUAUUUCCAGUUAACUGUUUCCCUUUCUCAGGUGGUUUUGGUGUGCCAGGGUUUAGGGUCCCAGGCUGCAGGGUUUAGGGUCCCAGGCUCCAGGGUUUAGGGUCCCAGGCUCCAGGCUCCAGGGUUUAGGGAUCCAGGCUCCAGGGUUUAGGGUCCCAGACUCCAGGGUUUAGGGUUUAGGGUCCCAGGCUCCAGGGUUUAGGGUUUAGGCUCCCAGGCUCCAGGGUUUAGGGUCCCAGGCUCCAGGCUCCAGGCUCCAGGGUUUAGGGUCCCAGGCUCCAGGGUUUAGGUUCCCAGACUCCAGGUUCCAGGGUUUAGGGUCCCAGGCUCCAGGUUCCAGGGUUUAGGGUCCCAGGCUCCAGGGUUUAGGUUCCCAGGCUCCAGUGUUUAAGGUCCCAGGCUCCAGGGUUAAGGGUCCCAGGCUCUCCCAAUGUGUUCUACGAUCAGAGCGCUUCUUCCAUAACUCCACACACUGCAUGUCUUACAAUACCUCCAGUGGAAUUGUCACGAUCGUUGUAAGAGGCAGACCAAGGCGCAGCGUGAUAGGCGUACAUCUUUUAAUGAGUACUUGA